AUGGCAGUUCGGGUCAAGCGCGUCAUCGAGUGUCUGCGGGGGAAACAAAAGAGAGUGUGUGCCAGCUUGCAGCGGAGAGGGAGGAAGGAGCGAGAUACAGAUCUACUGUUGCUGGAACUUUCUGCAUCAAAAUACAGAUCUCCUUUUGCUGGAACUUGUUGCGUUGGUUUGUUUUGUUUCUCCGUGGCUGGAUCCAACGACCCACAGACAAACCCCCUUUGGGGUCUAUCAUUUGUCCAGUGUCAGUUGGGGCAGAAUUUGAGGUCACAAAUGGGAUCCAUGGUCGUGGACGAGAAACACACCUGGGCGAUGGAGGAGCAAGGCUGGACCUCCCCGCCGUGGGAUCAACCGUUGGUCGAGGCCACAUGGCGGAGCGAGGCCAGGCUGUAUAAUCAGUUUAAGGUCUGGCAGAUUUACAGCAAGACCAAGAAGGGGAAGGGCAAAGCGGCGUUUAUUGGUCUCCUCUUGGAGGCCCUCCGCGCUGCGAGGAAGAGCGCGCGGGAUGCAGAAGAACAAGCGAAUCGGUGGCAGAGACGGGUAGAGGAGGCCGAGCGAGAUGCAGCUGUGUGGAACGCCGGGGCGCUAACUGAGCGAGUGCGCCUAUUAGAGGAGAAGGUAGAGUCCAUCGUCCCGGACCGUCUGGAGAGGCGUCUAGACCAGUGCCUGAAGCAGCAUCUCCAGGCUUCCAUCCCCCUCGUCGAAGUUAGGGUAGUUCCGGAUGAGGACGAGCCUGACACCCUCCCAGGUGAGGCUGAGGAUGACCCUUGUGGAAUAGGGAGGACCCCCAGGACCUCCAAUUUGGGGCACUCCCCCGCAGCCUCUGCUCGUCAGGUCGUUAGGGUGGGGGGCGUCUUGCCAGGCCGUGGGGCCCGGGGAGGGGCGGCCGGGAGGCCGAAUCCGGUGACGCCCAGGACCCGUCUUACCUUGGGGGAGUUGGUCAGCCUGCAGGAGCGGUUCCGGAAACAGUUGACCGAAGAUUGGCUGGACUGGCUCCACCGCCUGUGGAGAGGAGGGGGGACGCUGGCCUUUUUACUCCCCGAAGAGGCACGGGGACUUCAGAUCGCCCAUGGCCGGCGGUUGGCAUCACCCCCGGGUGCGGGGCCUACCUUCUCGCUCUGGGACAGCGCCCUCCAACUAGUCAGGGGUAUUCCCUGGGAGGGUCACGUCUGGACGGUAGAGAGGUGGUCCACCCUAGAGCACUUGGAAAAGGUGUUGGAAAAACUGGCCAUCGAGACGCUCCUAAAUAAAAAGCAGGAAGAUGGGAACGAUCCCAUGGCCCAGACCGUCUCGGUCAGCUCUGUGCAGAGACUUGCCAGUCAGGCCGCCCCGGGAUUACCUCAGGUCUUCGCGCUAAGCGCCUUCGCCCAGACUGGAGGUCGGGGUGCGGCCCACCGCACCUUCAGCGACCUCCUCUCCCUUGUCGUCGAGUACUGGGACCUGUGUCCUCCGGUUGAGAGGCGAGUUUGGGAGCCGACGAACGUUCUGGCAACGAGAGAGCGGGAGCUUGGGAGACUUUGGUCCCCAAGUCCGGGGGCAGGCGAGACCAAGAGGAUCGAGGGCCCGGGAUGCUCCGGAGACAGACCCCGGCAGGAUAAGCGGCGGAACCUCUGGCGGUGGUUGACGCGGGAGGGGGGAUUUACGAGGGAACAGAUAGACGGACUCCCCACCCAAGUCCUCCAACAGCUGUGGGACGGACGGUCCAAGGGGGAUGGAGAGAAGUCCUCCGGAGGGGGAAACAGGUGGGGGACCCCGAGCGACCCGUGCUCCCAGUGGUUUGAAUAGCCAAGACGAGGGUGACCCCCUUCCCCGACCCGAGACUUCUGAUCUGGCGCUCGUAGAUGCCAGGGUGCAGACCUCUGUCAUCUCAGAAGGGGAUGCUGAGGGGACAAUUUUUUUUUUAAUGGCAUUUAUUAAGCGCUUACUAUGUGCAAAGCACUGUUCUAAGACAAUGUAACCGAAAGGAAACUGUUAACCGAAAGGAAACUGUUUCGGCCAGCGGAGUCAAUGGAGGGACCCCAGGGUGGCUUUUGUGCUCUCCCUACCCACAUGUCGUAGCUGUGGGCCUCCCCUCCCUCCUGGUUGUAGAUAUCUUAAGUCACACCCGCAGGUUCCCAUCCAGAACAGAGGGUGGGAAAGGGGCGAGGGUCUUCCUACUCCAAACUGCCCUUACUCCCACCCCAAGUCACCCUCCUAAGACAAUGUAAGAUUCCUCCAGCCGCCAAAGGGGAAAUUUGCAGGCAUGGGGAAUUAUUUGGGUGGCCCAGUCCCUGGAGAACUCCCCCAUGGGACCAGUACAAAAGCCCAGGGGUACCUGGCGUGUACGUGGCCUAGUGGAAAGAGCACGGGCUUGAGAGACA